GGAGUGGUCAUGGACAGAAAUGACUUGAUCCUAACGGUAUUCCCGACAGUACGCUCAAGUUAAGCUUUUACACAUGAUUUUGAUGGCCUAAAACGAUACGGAAACGGACAGGGCUGCACUUGAUUUCGCGCAAAGUUGAAAGUCAAGUCGACGCUGCUAGACACUUGCGUUAUUAUGAUGCCACGAGACAACAUGACUUCCACAGUCCAGAAAAUCGCCAAACAGGCCCUCGCAACAUUCCGAAACCCGUCUGUCAUCGGCGAGCACAACAAAGUGUUUUUGGAGAACCAAAGCAAGCUGAAAAGCCUCUUGGCGGAGGUCAGAGCGGCGGACUUGAAGAUCGCAGCCCGGACCCCCGAGAGCGCCCCGGUGCCGCAUCAGCGCAUCGCUCCUCCCGUCACAUACAUGCAUAUCUGCGAGACCGACUCCUUCAGCAUGGGGGUGUUUCUGCUGAAAACGGGGGCUUCGAUACCCCUGCACGACCAUCCGGGGAUGUACGGCAUGCUGAAGGUGAUCUACGGGAAGGUGCGGAUCAGUUGUUUCGACCGCCUGGAUAAACCGAGAGACGGCGCCAGCGGCGUGCAGUUCAACCCUCCGCUCAUGCCCUUCCAGAGGGGCUCCUUACGGCCCUCAGUGCUGAAGUCCGUCGGGGAGUUCACAGAGGACAGCAGCCCGUGUGUGCUCUCACCCCAGCAGGACAAUAUCCACCAGAUAGACGCUGUUGACGGACCCACCGCUUUCCUGGACAUCUUAGCACCCCCGUACGACCCAGACGAAGGGAGAGACUGCCAUUAUUAUAAAGUUUUGCAAGCUCAUUCAGAGGCUGCAGAUAAAAAGAGUGAAGUCCAGGAUCAAGGGGACGUGUGGCUAAUGGAAAUACCCCAGCCUAGUGAAUUUUGGUGUGGUGGUGAACCAUACCCAGGGCCUAAAGUGACCCUCUGAGAGGGAUGUAUAACUGUAUAAACUGGGAUAAUGAUCACAGUCUGGAGUGAUUCAGGAGUUUUUUUUCUUUUACCUGGGUACCUUAAUGAGACAGUUCACCCAAAAGUGAAAUCAUUUUACUCAUUCUUUACUUGUUUCAAAGCUUUUUUCUGUUCAACACAAAAGAAGAUAUAUCAAAGAAACCUGUAACCAUUUAUGUACAUAGUAGGACAAACAAACACAAUUGAAGUCGAUGGUUACAGGUUUCUAACAUUCUUUGAAAAAUAUUUGUUUGUAAAAGAUUUGGAAACACUUCAGUGUGAGUAAAUGGUGAACUGUUUUCUUGGACAGAAUAUACAGUGGUUUAUCUCUAGCCACUCAUCACAGCUGCUGUCUUUAAUUGUCUUUUGGCAGUUUAUGUUUUUUUUUUGUAUUUAUGUCCAUAAAUGUCCUGUGUUUGCAUGCAGACUGUUCUGAUUUUACAUAGAGGUUCAACAAAAGUCUCUGUUCUCCAUUUGCCUGGAUUCUCUUUGUACAGCGUGUGAUUAAUAUUUAAUUAUUUGCAGCAGAUGUGAGAUUUGGUUUAUCGGAGUGGGAAUCUCGUCAUCUUGUUUCCAUUGUCAUCAUUGUGUUAAUGCAUUAAGCUGUGCAGGACCGAGAAAUGCUUAGUAACAGGUUCAAAACACUCACUUGACAAGCUGGCCUACGUGACACUGGACACAAAACCUUUUUUUUGUCUUUUACACUCCUGAUAAUAUUGAUAAUCAAGCACUUAGCCAGGAUGCCAAAUUUAAAAUAGUUAAAAUAAUGAAUGAAAAUCAAUCAUGCACUAUGAAGAAUGUGUUCCCUCCUAAACAUUUAAAUUAAUAAAAAAGGGGAAAAUUU